GAGCGGGCCGAACCAGAAAAUGAAGGCCGCAGCCCGCAGAAGACAGUUGAGCCCAUUUGAAAGAACGAGGUGUCGAGGCUACUAUAUGUAAACCAUUGUCAAACGUCAAUGGCGGCUGCUUCGUCCAUCACCACCGCAUUAUCUCGCCUUCCACUCUCUCGACUCUGCGCGCGCCCUGCUUUACCUUCGCUAUUUUCAUCGUACCCUUCUCUUUUCCGACCCAAAGCUCAGAAUUGGAACCGAUUGAGAUCGUUUUCAUCAAUGGCGGCAUCUGAAUCGAAGGAUUCCCCUGCUAGCAAUCCUGGUCUGCAUACUUCCCCUGAUGAAGCCACUAAAGGGUACUUCAUGCAGCAAACUAUGUUUCGAAUUAAGGACCCGAAAGUUAGUCUCGAUUUCUACUCUCGAGUCCUGGGGAUGACUUUGCUGAAGAGGCUGGAUUUUCCAGAGAUGAAGUUUAGCUUGUACUUCAUGGGCUAUGAGUAAUUGGGGAACUGAAAGUGAUCCCGAAUUCAAAGGAUAUCAUAAUGGCAAUUCUGAUCCCCGUGGGUUUGGUAAGUAAAUGAAUACACUCUGGCUACUUGACCUCUAAUUCCUCUACCAUACUAUAGGUGGUAGCUGCAUAAUCUGUGAAUCAGACACUAACAAUUUAAAUUAUUGAUGCUUGUACCAGAAGAAUAACUUUCUGGGAGUGGCUAUUAUUCUAUCAAUCAAUAAUAGGAGCUUGUGUGUAUAACUUCGUAGAUCAUAGAGCUGUUUGUAGUUUGAGGAUAGUUUUUGAGGAGCAAGUGUCAAAUGACAUUUGAAUUAUUUCUGACUUCAUAAAACUAGAAUGUACAGGUCCUGUAGAAGUAGCAUACAUGUAGUCUUGAGGCAAAGCGAAGGUCUUUAGUAAGUGAUGCCAAUUACACUAGAAUUGAGUUUCUACCAUGUCAUAAUUAAGAGUGCUAGCUGUCUGAACUAUAUCUUGUUACUUCAGAGGCUGGGUUUCCGUUUGGUCAUUACUUCUAGGGUUACAAAGAUCAGCAUAGAUCGGAUGACUUCAUGGUAAUUUGUACAAGUGUUCGAUGUGUUAUGUGUAUAUAGAUGUGUAAAUGUGUAGUCGUAGAUUCAUCUUGCUAAAUUGACAUUAUUGCAGUUUUGGUAAUGUAAUCAAUCUGAUCCCACAUUUUGUUCUUGCCAGGCCAUAUUGGGAUUACUGUGGAUGAUACUUACAAGGCAUGUGAGAGGUUUGAACGCCUCGGUGUCGAAUUUGUUAAGAAGCCAGACGAUGGUGAGGAUCCCUUUUGACAGGAUAAGACUUCCCUUACCUUUUUGUGGUUUGUUCUUGUCUUUCUUAUGAUACCUUUAAAUGGCAUUAUCUUUAUGUUCGUCUCUUAUUUGAAUGCUGUAGAGCCUUAAAAUAUACAAUUGAUUACUGAGGAAGAUGGUUGACACUUCCAUUUUGGUUUGAAACUGGAUGCACAUUAGUUUUCAUUGUUUUUCAUUCAUUAUGGUAUUAGAGGAGAUACCUGCAGCUCUGUAUAUGUAACUAUACCUCUCCAAGUCCAGGAAAAAUGAAAGGUCUUGCAUUUAUUAAGGACCCUGAUGGCUACUGGAUUGAAAUCUUUGACCUAAAGAACAUGAAAAAUGUUGCUGAGGUUGCUGCUUGAAGUGACGCACCCAAGCUAAGGUACCCUCCAGUAUUUACUCAUUCUUUUGCUGCCUAAAAAUAUUUCAGUUCCUGGAAUAAACAUUGUGCUCUCAGCCUGUCAACCAUAUACAUACCAUAUAGCAUACAUCUGUGAGAUAUGUUGGCUUGAAGACUUGGAAUUUUUCCAGAAAUAGCACCUUAAUUUUUUUUUACAAAAAUAGUACCCACUCGAAAAUAUUUACAAAAAUAGCACAUUUUUUAUGAACCGCACCUGGAGGGUGCGUUUUAUAUAUAAACAGCACCUCUAAAGUGCGGUUGAUUAUCCUGGGCCAAAACCGCAUCUUGGCCAUGCGGUUUCAGGUCUGACCUACAUAAACCGCAUGGCCGAGGUGCGGUGGCCGAGGUGCGGUUUUGGCCUGACCUAUCAAAACCUCAUCUUGGAGAUGCGGUUUGCUUCUCCAUAACAAAACCGCAUCCCCAAGGUGCGGUUUUGCCAUCAAUUAUUUUCCGACUCCCGAUGACUUCUUUAGCAAAUAAUUGUGAAUUGUUGAUUGAUCGAAUUUGGAUAAUAUCAAGUUAACACGAAAAAAAAUUGACAAAGCCAAUUACAUAGAAAUAAAAACAAAACUCAAUUAAAUAAACUAAGAUAAGAGGAAUAGUUCCAAGUACAUAUAAUUAAAAUUCAAACUCAAA